AUGGGAACUGAACCUGGAGUUAUCUCGAAUGCUCCAAAGCCACUCAACAGAUCAGGAAGGAGGGAAGAGAUUCCACGGCCAUUACCGAAGCCCUCUUCCAUCUCACGUCCAUCAGCAAGGCCCCCUCAACCUUCUACUACUCGACGACCGUCAAUUCCUCAACCUGUACCACGACCUAGCCUUAAUCAGCAGGCCCAAUCGUGGGGUUCUUCUUCUACUUCAGCAUCCACACGAUCAACUGUCAACCAUCGUGGAGGUUCCGGAUCGUCAUCGUCAGCCCAGUCUAUGGACAACCCAAGGUCUAACCCAAACGUUCUGCGCAGGAAGAAGUCAUCGUUAUCUGGUGAUGUCAAGACAACACGGACUGGCUCAUCCCGGACAGACUCUUCUUCUUCUUCAUCCCAGCACAAGCGCCAAGGCUCACUCGACCCUGCUUUCGGCUUCCAUCUGGAUAGAGAACUUACCAGCAGCCCUGCUGAGAUUCAAAUUGCUGAGGUUGUAGAGGUAAAGAAACCGUCCAAGUCACCAGUGAUCUACCCCGAACUGGACCGCUAUCGCAACAUUCGACGUCCGUCUGACAGCUCGGAUCACCGCAUUGAGGUUCCGUUCCGGUUAGCGACACACGAUCUCCCACCUCCAACUCCAGCCAGCCUACUGUUUUCUGGAACUAGUGGAAGCCCAUCUACUAGGUUCUCCGAGUCACCUGGACCAGGUUCCUAUAGUCGCGACACCACGCCAACCUCAAUUGCUUCUCAGUCUCCUGGUCUUGUUGCACCUCUUCGCACUCAAAACAAGAACCGGCUACAAAGCCCCAUCCUCAACAGACCUCCUGUGACACGAAGAGCUGGUGGAAGUUUCCCCAACGAGGUUGAUGCCAUCACCGUUGAUCCUCAUGGUCUUGCAGCUGUUAGAGAAUCUCUGACUUCAUCCUCGUCGAACUCCACCGUUCGAGAAGCCACCAUCAAGAAGAAGACCAAGAACCUGCCUCCUCCCCCACCCAGUCCUCCACCACGAAAGUCAUCACAAUACUUUCGUGAGGAGACAUCCUUGCCAAAGUCGGUGCGUAAGGUAUCAAGACCUGUUCUGCGCUCCCCUUCCCCUGAGAGAAGUGCCCAAUCCUCCGCCUCCCCAAGAGCUGUACCCCCGUCACGACCCAGCAGAGAUGGCACCCCCGACAUGCAAUCUCAACUGUUCAACCCCAUGCCAGUCAUCCAUAGCAAUCUUUCCACCCAAUCCCUCCCAUCAACCGAAAGACGCGGAAGUGAAUCUGCGAAUACAACAGCUUUGUCCCCCCCAAAGCCACAGUACACUCAUGGAGGCCGAACAGCAUCAACUUCACAACUCCCCAUCAGAGGCGAAUUGUACGCUCAACCGGCAGCCAAGGCAACAGCCGAACCGAAGAAGGGCAAGGGCCUCGAGCCACCUCGAAUGACACGCACACCGAGCCCUAACGUGGCAACCCCCUCUAUCUCACGCUUCCCGUUCUUUAGUCGUAAGAAGCACGCCAACGGAGCACAAGCUGAGAAGAAUGAGAAGGAAAAGAAGACUCUCCGCAAGGGCCCUGUAGCUGGCACAGGCCAUGAAGGUUAUGGACGCAUUGGUGCUUCCAAGAGACGCAGUGGAAGUAUCAGCAAUAUGACGCGCAACUCUCCUGGUAGUCAGACAACUCAGGAACCCCGUUCUAGCAAUGAUUCCUUCUUUGCAGACCGGGUCAACCCGGUGGUCAUCGCUGGAGGUGCGGUUAUCGAGAAUAGAAAUGCAAGCUCUGAAAUCUCUCGGAGUGUUAGCUCCCAGAGCUUGGCGACCCAGGAGUCAAGAUUUGGAAGCACGCAGUCAUUGGCAGCAUCUCAAGACCAGCCUCGAAACACUUUGUGGCCAUCGCCCAUGUUACGCACUCCACACCCAGCCUUUGGUGCUCGCCGCCCCUCCGAGAGCAGCGAUUCUGAAGGCCCUACAAUGAAGUCGACUUUGGCUUUCCGAAGAUCUGUACAUCGACUCCGAUCUUCGCCUGAUGACCCCCUGAAGCUGCCUCAGCCCAUUAACACGUCAGGCUAUGCAUCUUCGCCCAUGACAAGCUUUGAUACUAGCGUCAUGUCUGAUGAGUCCCACUUCGAACUGCAACGGGAGAUCUCCCACGAAGCCAAGUCUUCCCACCCUGCGCCCAAGAAGCUUGUCAAGAGGCCGCGGUCUCCUCGAAAGUGGAAUUUGUUUGGAAGAUCAACCCAGACGCAGCAGCCCAAGCAGAGCGAGAAAGUCUCGGCCACUGUCAAACCAGUGGAGAAGAAACCCCUUGCCUUUUACGCUAUGAUGGAUUCUUCAGAACAAGAGGACAGCGAGCCCAUGGACAUUCAAGAUGUUUUGAGGUUUGCCGAGGUUUAUGGAAAGUCGCCUAGUGUUGGUGGUACUCCUGAGCUUUCGCAAGGCACACCAGAGAUGCGGUCGUCGACCAAUUCCCCAGUGCGACCUGCAGAGCCAACUCAACUCCCAAGGCGGGAGAGCGUCGAGAUGAAGACCAAGCCUCGGCUGCCUGUACCCCAGCAGACUUUGAUGUCCAAGAAGCCUACUUUACAGCCUCCGUCAACGAGCACUACUGCUAGCCGACGAAGCCGACUUCCUCAAGUUGGAAGAAUCCCCAAGGUUGUGAGUAACCGUACUGAACAUGUGUCGCCUAUGAGCUUUUCUAGGCCUUUCAGAGCUAGCAUGCAGUUGGCACCUGAGAACCUUGAGGUCUAUGAUCCGGAAUCAAUUGCCAAAGGGCCUUCACCUUCGAGGCCCUCGACUCCUGUUCCUGAUCUGACUACCGAUGGUUCAACAGCCGGAAGUACCAACAACCUCUCAUCUAGAGACUCUAACCCUCCUGCUUUGAGCCGUGUUGAAAAGGAGUUUUUGGCCUUUUCGCCUCGCAAGGACUCCGAGGGAACCAUUGGUACAUCUAGCUCAAGCUGUUCUGGCAUUCUUGCUUUCUCUGGGUCUACUGCCGUAAUCCCACAGCCUUAUGACCCCCCCGCAGAAGAUGAGGUGUGGGAUGAGUAUGAUGAUCUCCUUGGAGAAGAUGCUGGCAAAGCACUUCCCUCGGCAACUUCUUCACGAGGCACACCGUUUCAUCUUGAGACUUACGAGUCGAAGCUGGCUAGCAAGGAGAAGCCCUUGGAGUCGCCGACGGUUGUCUUCGAUAAGAAGGCAAGCCGACAAUCCAAGGCAACAACCAUCUCCAGCACUUGCAGUGCUGACAUGACUGAACGCCUUCGGGCGGCUUUCCAACCUCACCCAAGCCCCAGCACUCCCUUCUCAGUCUCCAAGUUUGUUUCGGGAUACGAGGACCGCAACACCAACACUGAGGUUCCUGCGGCUGGUGAGGUAUCUCGACGAAGCAGUCGAUCUUCCCGCAAGACGAGACGAUCUGAUGCCAGCUCCUCUUCCGAGGAUGGGUCACCACUUGCACAAGUAAAUCUCAGAGUUGGUUCAAUGACGGUGAGCAAGUGGCUUACCUUCGGGCAUGUUCUCUUCAGUGACGUUCGCCAUGAACUGGUUCCUGUUGAGGGAUCACUGAAGAGGCACUCAAUCCUCGUAAUUGAUGGCCUUGGUAACGAUGACUGGUCAUUCUACGCUGCGGAAACAUACCCAGCUGCUACCUUCUUUAACCUGUCUCCUCGCGCUCCCCUUCCUGAAGAACUCAAGAGUUCAUCUUCGAGCUUCCCUCUCAGCCCUCCAAACCACCACCAGAUCCAAUACGUCUCUCACCUCGACAAGUUUCCGUUCGCCCCUCAGAGCUUUACGGCUGUUGUCUAUCGCUUCCCUGUCGCAGCUCCUGAAGCAUACUACCGCAGCAUUCUCACCGAAGCUCGCCGUGUGUUGAAGCCAGGAGGCUUCAUCGAGCUCUCUAUUCUCGAUGUUGACCUAAACAACAUGGGCAACCGGGGCCGGCGUACAGUCCGCCGUCUCAAAGAGAGGAUCAAUGAGAAGACGCCUGAUACUAGUCUCGGAUCAACCGCGGAUCUCAUUGUUCGCCUCCUUGGCAAGGUUGGUUUCACUACCAUUAAGGCCGCACGAGUGGGUGUGCCCGUGGCAAGUUCCGUCACUCGCUCAGACAGUAAGGCCGACAAGGGCAAAGCUAUUACUGAGAAGAAGAAGGACCCGCCAAGUCUAUCCGAGAUGAUGAGCGACAACAGCCCCUUGGCAGACGAGGGCAUCACCAAGAUGGUCAGUCGGGUUGGCCGAUGGUGGUACACACGGUGCUACGAAAACGCAGCUGGGAACCCCUCUGGAAAGAGCCUCUGGAGCGAUAAGUCUCUACUCUCUGAAGCUGAAGAGCUCGGUACAAGCCUGAAGCUCAUGGUCUGCUGCGCUCGAGCUCCUCUUGAGCGCAUCACCAGUGUUUAA